AUGCAGCGCUGGGGAGGCAGGGGGGAGUCUGGCUGGGGCUGGGAUAGCAGAGCCAUGCUGGGGACCAUCCUGCUGCUGCUGGCUCUGGCCAAGCCGGCGUGCCAGAGUCCGGCCGGUGCAGCAAGCCGGCGGGCUGAGGCGCUGAAGAGGCUCCUGGAAGUCUUUGGCAUGGAAGACCCUCCGCCCCCCCCGGCCCACUUCAAGCAGCCGCCCCAGUACAUGGUGGAUCUAUUCAACACCGUCGCCAAUGCGGACGGUGUCACCAAGAACCCCGACAUCCUGGAGGGCAACACGGUCCGCAGCUUCUUGGAAAAAACUCACAGUGAGAAGAUGCGGUUCCUCUUCGUCCUCUCCAGCGUGGCCAAGUACGAGAAGAUCCUGAUGGCAGAGCUGCAUCUCUUCCGCCUCUGGCCAAGGGCCACCGAGGGGCCCAAAAAGCACCACUUCUGCCAGGUCAGCGUCUACCAAGUGCUGGCAAAGAACGAGCUGGAUGCCCCCGGAGGGAAGAAGCUGCUGGCAGCCAGGCUCGUCUCACUCCAGGGCUCGGGCUGGGAGGUUUUUGCCAUCACGCAGGCUGUUCGUGACUGGAUGGAAGACGAAAGCAGCAAUCAGGGUUUGCUGGUGACGGUCCAGGGCCUGGGCGGGAGCCCGCACGACCCCCCACCGCUGCAGUUCGCAUCCAGCAGGGACCACCACGAGAGCAAGAAGCCCAUGCUGGUCCUGUUCACGGACGACGGGCGCCGGGGAGCUUCCCUGCCCAUGGCCGGCUUCCCAGAUAUACAGCCUCAGGCUCCCAUUGUCCCUGCCAAGAUGUCGGUGCCCAGGCUGACCGGGCCUCGCAGCACACGCUCACUGGACCGGCUCCAGCCCUGCCAGAAGCAUCCCUUGUCCGUGGACUUUGAGGAGAUUGGCUGGUCCGGCUGGAUCAUCUCGCCGCGGGGGUACAACGCCUACCACUGCAAGGGCUCCUGCCCCUUCCCGCUGGGCGAGAACAUGCGGCCGACGAACCACGCCACCGUGCAGUCCAUCAUCAACGCCCUCAAGCUGAGCGAGGGCGUCAGCAGCCCCUGCUGCGUGCCCGACAAGCUCUACUCCAUCAACCUCCUCUACUUCGACGAUGAUGAGAACGUGGUCCUCAAGCAGUACGACGACAUGGUGGCUGGGAGCUGCGGCUGCCACUGAGGCAGGAGGAGAAGGAAGGUGGAAAUGCUGCCACAGCGUAGGCUGCUCCUACUGCCUCCAGAGCACCUCUGGGGGGGUCUCUGUCCCACAAAGCCCUCUAAAAGAGACCAGGGUGAGCAAAGCAACGGGGUGCCCAGCUCUGACCCAGGUGGUGUCACCCCUGGUAGUGCCCGGGAAGGCUCAGGGCUGAGCUCUGAUUAGAGCGACCUGAAUGAGCCCAUGUAACUCGGCAGCCCCGGGGCAACAGCUCCAUUUUGGGGUGCCCUGUGUGGGGGUGCAGGUUUCCUUGCCCGUGCAGAGGCUUCCCGCAGGCUGUACUAUAUGUAUAUAGCAAGAGCACUAAUAUAUGACAAACUGCCUGUACAAUGUCCUGUAAAUGUCUGUACAUUUCUGCAUUGUGACUUGUAAAAUGAAUUCAGAGGAACUAUUAAAAGUGCCGUUUUCCAA